AUGGAGGACUUCUCUCUUGAGAUGGACCCCCCGUCACUUACUUCCCAAACUUGCUUCGGGAUGAUCUAUCGAACAGCUGUUCGUCUUUCGGGCGAAAUGUUGCAUCUGGAUACCAAAUUGCGCUCGCCCGAUGCUCGUCGGAAUGCCAAUAGCUACAAUUUCACCGUUGGGCGUACUGCGACUCAUCUUGCACUCUUCUUUGUCGAUGGCACAGAGUUUGGCAUCCUCAACACCCAAAUCUCCAAGGCCCUGGUACAGGUCUUGGCUUUACCUUGCAUCGAGAUCGACGUGUUCGCAGAUGUUGUGACAGUGGGCGACACAAUACGCAGAGCCCAAAAAGCGAGCGAAGCUACAAUACAAGUCAAUAUGAACAUAUAUGGAUCUUCCGAUGUCCGCCAUAAUAUCGACAUGAUACUCUCCCAACAUAAAAUCUGGCUCCAACAUCCUGACCAUCGACGACCUGAGUCAACAUACGACAAUCCGCACUUCAUAUCGUUUCCAGGAGUAGAACUUUCGGAGACUACAGUUGAGAUCAAGCCAAGCUCGGAUGAGGAAAUAGUCCUUGACGAGUCUCAAAAGUUCCAGCGUGCAAUCUCUGAAGUCUAUGCUUCUCUCAAGCGAGAUUCUCAUCUCAAGACCGUCGAAGGCGACCCUCGACUCAAAACCCCGUUAUUGUUCCAUCAGAAAACCGCCCUCGACUUUAUGCUCCAACGCGAGAUAGGCCCUAUAGCAACGGAGUUUUCGCUGUGGAAACCGGAUGAUACAAAUUGCGAGGAGGGCUUCACACACGUUAUUACGAGGGCGAAAUCUCGACUCAGGCCUUCGGAAAUCGGAGGCGGCAUCCUGGCCGAUGAGAUGGGCAUGGGCAAAUCCCUUUCGAUUCUUGCGUUAAUCACGAAAACUCUGGAUGCCUCACAUGCGUGGCAGCAUGGCGGUGGCGCCCACCUGAUAGACCCGACCACCGAGGGGGCCUCGAAGCUCAUACGAUCGCGUGCAACAUUGGUUCUCGUCCCAUUUGCAUUGUUGCUCCACGAGUGGCAAACGGAGAUCCAAAAGCAUGUGCCAGUCAUUUUGCAGAAGCAUGUCCACGAAGACCUCAAAAUCAUAGUGUAUCAUGGCAAGAACAGGGAUCGAGAUGUACCUCGCAUACCCGACGCUGACAUUGUCCUAUCAACAUAUCAGACCAUCGCGAUCGAGUCUCCAGUGGCGACCCAUCAUAUCCGCAGUCCUCUUCUCGGCUUUGCUUGGUUUAGAGUUGUCUUAGAUGAAGCUCACUUCAUCCGCCGACGGACCACGACAUUCUAUGAAACAGUGUCAAGGCUGCAAGCACAGUCUCGUUGGUGUCUCACUGGGACUCCCCUUCAGAACACCCUGGAUGACAUUGGCAGUCUAUUCGCUUUCGUUCGCGCAGAUCCAUUCGAUAAGAUCGCCGUAUUUCGUCACUUUAUCGCUCGACCAUUCGACCAUGACCGCAAUUGGAAGACUGCCUCGCAACGACUGUCACAAUUAAUGGAUUCGACUUGCCUCCGACGGAGCAGAAGUGUCCUACACCUUCCCUCUCAGAAGGAGCAAAUCCGUGAAGUGGAAUUCUCAGUCGCGGAGAGAACGCAAUACGACCGAACCAAAACACAAAUGUCACGCCUUCUGGCACAUCAGGGAAAUUAUGAAUCGAGGCGCAAUACAUUCGGCCAGUUCCACGUAAAGCUGCAACUACGGAUCCUUUGCAACCACGGCACUUUCCAAGACCCGUACUCUUGGAGGUACCGAGAUCUACAGAGCGAACGGGAAGAUCUGUAUUACCAGAGAUCUGGGCAAGCAAGCAAAGAAGUCAAGUGCUCCUUAUGCAUGCAGUCGAUGCCAUAUCUGAGCACCAACCAAGUAUACAGGACUUUCACUGAGAAUUGCGCCCACGUCCUGUGUAACGAGUGCUUCGACAUGCAACUGGAGGGGUACUCCAAGACCAGUCACGACACGUCAUCAGACUGUCCUAUCUGCAAGCCACUGUAUAACGGGGCAGCGACUCCCAACAGCAACUCUGCAGGUGAUCAAAUUGGAAGACACGAAAAGUUUGUACCGACAGGUCAAUCAGCCAAAAUGGAUGCAUUAGUGGAAGACCUACGGCUCGGCCUGCAGCAGACAAAGAGCAUCGUAUUCUCAUGUUGGACCAAGACCCUCGACCUUAUAGAGCAGCAUUUGCAGAGGAACAACAUCAAAUGCGGACGUAUUGAUGGGGAAAGUCCCGUAAGCAACCGGCAAACUACACUGCGUGAAUUCGAAACUUCGCAAGAUGUCCGUGUCCUGAUCAUGACCACCGGAACAGGUGCUUUCGGCUUGAACCUUGCUGCUGCAAAUCGGAUCUUCAUCGUCGAACCUCAGUGGAAUCCAAGCAUUGAGAACCAGGCAAUCGCUCGGGCCCUGCGAUACGGGCAGCAAAACCACGUGCUGGUCAUUCGCUAUAUCGUCAAGAAUACUGUCGAGAAGGCGAUGCGAGAACAGCAGCAGCGGAAAAUCAAAAUGGCCGCAUUGGCGGAUAUGGCAUCGAACAAGUAG